AUGGCCGGAGCGCCUGCCUGCCACCAGCCAAUGGGAGCACGCCGCUUCYCGCCGCCAGCCAAUAGGCGCGCAGGGGCGGGGCUUGGAGUAACGAUCGSAGCCUUGGCGAUGGCCCCAGAACGUGGUGAUCGCUCGCUCCCCGCCGGUACCGAGGGGCUUCCCCGGGUUUUCCUGCAGAGCCUGCGGACUCUUUUCGAUAUCCUGGAUGAYCGGCGGCGGGGUUACGUGCACCUACGGGAGAUCGAGUCGCGCUGGCGGGGAGCGGAAGCCCGGGAGCUGCCCGCCGGGGUGAUGGARGGGUUGCGGCAGGCGGCGCCGGCCAGCGGUUACCUCACCUUCGAGAGGUUCGUCCUGGGGCUGCGGGCGGCCCUGCCUGGGGCUGAGCCCCCGGGGGARUGUGGCAGCGGCGGGCGACGGAGCGUGGAGAAGCCGCCGAGCCCUCGCUGUUCCGAGGAGCGGCGGGGAAAGAGCAGCGGGCAGCGGGAACCGGGGCACGGGCAGCCCCGAGGCCGCGGCGGUGAUGCAAAGUCUGCUGGGCAGUCCCAGGGUGAUGGUGGCCAUGCAGGGGCUGGGGACGCUCGGAGGCAUCAGAGAGGCCGUGCAGAGCACCGUAGACACACCAUCACCAACGGCGUGGACUUCAGCAUGCUGAAAUACAUGAAGGAGCUGGAACAGGAGAAGGAUUUUCUGCUGCAGGGCCUGGAGCUUAUAGACCGGGCUCGAGAGUGGUACCACCAGCAAAUCCAGCUCAUGCAGGAGCACCAGCGGCUCCUGGGGAAGAAGAGAACCAGUGCUGAUUUUCCUGAAGGUGGCCAGAGCCACCUGGGGCGCCUGGUCCCCAAGCUGCAGGAGGUGAACCGCUGCCUGGGUGACCUUCUUUCCACUGCUGGCAAGACAGCAAACCCCUCAGCCCUGAGCAGGCUGGUCCCCGUGACAUCCCCAGCCUCCACAGGCUCCCAGCAAGCCAUCAACAUGCUGAAGGAGCAGAAUCGCCUUCUCACCAAGGAGGUGACUGACAAGAGCGAGCGCAUCACCCAGUUGGAGCAGGAGAAAUCUGCCCUGAUAAAGCAGCUCUUCGAGGCUCGCGCCCACAACAACCAUGAGAUGAGCCAGCUGGACUCCACCUUCAUCUAGCACAUGCUUCCCCAUCCCCAAACUUCCCCAGGGGUUUCAAGGGACUCUUGUCCCAAAUUCAUCACACCUGCUGCUCCAGGUGUUGUGUCUCAAGGUCUGGGGCUGCUGGUGGCAUCUCUGUGGGAGGAAGUGGGUAUCCCUCUUGGGGAGCAUCCCUGCCCUGCUGAUGGCUUAUCAGCCAUACUGAUCUCAAGCUGCUCCUUUUCUGUCUCUAGAUGAGCUGCAGGGACUCUGUCCCCAGCCCUGUGACCCCUAGUGUGUGGGAGACAUAGCUGCUGCCUGUGCUGCCUGUGUGGGGUGAGCUGCAGUGCCCUUGCUGACUUAGGCUGAAUUUUGGCUGCSUAGUGGGAAAAAGUGAUGCAUCUUCAACACUCCAGCCAGCAUCUCCAGGCAAGCCUGGCCCUUGGAGAGUGCCUGCUCCUGCUUGUAGUAUUGCUGGAAGAUGGGGCUGGAAAUCCAAGGGGGCAUGCCUGGCUUCUCUACUGCCUGUAUUCUGCCUGCCAGAGACUGUCCUGGCCCUGUAGUGCCCAAACUGGUGGUCCUCAUGGCAGCUGCUCUGUCCCAUUUGUGCUAGUGAUACCGUAGUUGCUGUUUACAUGUCUGCAGGCUCCUGUAGGGAAUAAGCCAUAGACCCAGCCAAGGUAGGCUACACCUCUGAGCUGCUGUUUCGGGCUGUUGACAAGUUGAGACAAACACCUCAUCCUUUACUUGGCUUGACCUGGCAAAUGAUGUCUGCCAGGAUUAGAUUUUUUCGUGAUGACUGAAAAAGGAGAGGUAAUGCAUGGCCUGAGGAUGCUCACRUCAGCCUGGCCUCACAGAGGGGCUUUAGAACUUGGUUUUGUAUUUAACUGCGUGGGACAGAGCAGAAGCUGACAGGCUCUUCCCUGUGCACAUCUCACAUGGAGAAAUGGCAGCUCUUCCUGGCCUGGUUGUGGAUGCUGCUGCCCAGGAUGACAUCCUGACUGUGAGCUGCACUCCUCUGCAGGUCCCUUGAGGGGUGGUGGUGGUGGUCCAAGRUGGGUCCUAUUAGAUGGUGCAUCUCAGGACUCCUGCUUCCCACCCAGCUCRGUGAUGAUGCUUGAGCUGAAUGAUAUUUGAUUGUGGCUUGGUAUCCACGGUUCUUUCAUUGGAGGUCCCUGUGAGCUCCAUGUAGUGCAGCCUGGUCCUCUGUACCCCCAAGGCAAGGAGCUUUCUCUCUGGGGUUGUUUCAUGCUCUGACUCUCCAGGCAUGAUGCUGUGGUGCUCAGCUGAGCAGUGCAGGAGGUGCUGGCUCUGCCCUGAGCUGACACAUGCAGGCCAAUUCUGUUCUCACUCCUGUUAUCUGUCAGGAUUCUGUCCCAUCCACCUGUUCUCUUUGAGAUUGAUCCUGAGCUAAAGUUCACUUCAAGGCAUUAAUCCCUGCUCUACCCUUGUGCCUGCAGCUGGAGUAGGCAUCAGCAGAGUGCCAGGGAGAUGGUGGGGGAGGAUGUGCAAGGCCAUGSCUAGUCAUGUCCCCUGUCUGCAGGAGCUGGGUGUUAGUCGUCCCCUGGGCAUCAAUGCCUGCCAUCCUUUGAUGGUGAUGGUGAUGCCUCCUCUGGUGUYCAGUGCCUGUUUUGCCUGAGGUUUAACUAAAACUGACCCUUUUUAUGAGGGUCAUUUGUCUGUAGGGAUAAUAAAGUGGGAUGACAUAUUUAA